GCCGAGCUGUCACCUCCUCCUCGGUCCAUCCUCUCCGGCCGUUAGCCGCCUUCGUCCCUCCCGCGCCUCCAGUGAUUCCCGCGGCGGAACAACCGCGCCACCGUCUCCGUGUGUUUUGUGCGCGAAGAAGCGGAGAAGCGGUUCUCGUCGAGGGGCUUUUCUCCGCAGCUUGAAGAGGCGCAAAGAUGAAGCUGGACAGAGGCUGGCUGUGGCGCCUGCUGCUCCUCUCCUGCCUGGCCGUGGCGGCGGCGGCGGCCCACGAGAGGCAUCCGGAGGCCGACGUGUUGGACGCCGACGACGACGACAUGGGCUUGGACGAGGAGGAGCUGAAGGUUCUGAUGGCGGAGGACGAAGAGGAGGAGGAGGAGGAAGAGGAAGCAACGGUGAUGGACGACGAAGAGCAGUCUGAGGAGACGCACAACAAGGAAGCCAGGAGCGGGACGACAGGAAGUGAUGCCAACGUCUCCUUCCAGGUCACAUACAAGACUCCCGUUCCCACCGGAGACGUCUACUUCGCAGAGACGUUUGACGACGGGACCCUGGACAGAUGGCAGCUGUCGAAAACGAUGAAGGAGGACGCGGACGACGACAUCGCCAAAUACGACGGAAAGUGGGCUGUGGAGCAGCUGAAGGAGAACAAGGUUCCAGGAGACCAAGGCCUGGUGCUCAAGUCCCGGGCCAAGCAUCACGCCAUCGCUGCGAUGCUGGACAAACCUUUCGUCUUCCAGGAUGAGCCGCUGGUCAUUCAGUAUGAGGUGAACUUCCAGGAUGGGAUCGACUGUGGUGGAGCCUACAUCAAACUGCUCUCAGACACUGGUGACCUCAAUCUGGAGCAGUUCCACGACCGCACGGCCUACACCAUCAUGUUCGGACCCGACAAAUGCGGCGAAGACUACAAGCUGCACCUCAUCUUCCGCCACAAGAAUCCUCUGAACAAAGACAUGGAGGAGAAGCACGCCAAGAGGGCCGACGUGGACCUGAAGAAGUUCUACACCGACAAGAGGACCCACCUCUACACGCUGGUCUUGAACCCAGACAACAGCUACGAGAUGCUGAUCGACCAGUCGAGCGUGAGCCGCGGCAACCUGCUGAUAGACGUGGUGCCGCCGGUCAACCCGCCCAAAGAGAUCGACGACCCGAAUGACUCCAAACCGGAGGACUGGGACGAGAGGGCCAAGAUUCCCGACCCGGAGGCCGUGAAGCCCGAUGACUGGGACGAGGAAGCACCUGCAAAGAUCGAGGACCCGGACGCAUCGAAGCCAGAAGGCUGGCUGGAUGAUGAGCUCGAGUUCAUCCCCGACCCCAAUGCUGAGAAACCAGAAGACUGGGACGAGGAGAUGGACGGUGAGUGGGAGGCCCCGCAGGUUCCUAACCCGGCCUGUGAGACUGCCCCCGGCUGUGGGGAGUGGAAGCGUCCCAUGAUCAACAACCCUCGGUACAAGGGCAAGUGGAAAGCUGCUCUGGUGGACAACCCCAACUAUCAGGGAGUCUGGAAGCCGCGUAAAAUCGAUAACCCCGACUACUUUGAGGACCUGCAGCCGUUCAGGAUGACACCGUUCAAGGCCCUGGGACUGGAGCUGUGGUCCAUGACCUCGGACAUCUACUUCGACAACUUCAUUAUCACCUCUCACAAGGAGGUGGCCGACCGCUGGGCCUCCGACAGCUGGGGGCUGAAGAAGCUGGUGGCCAGCGCUAACGAGCCGGGGAUUUUUGCUCAGCUGAUGAUGGCGGCCGAGGAGCGACCGUGGCUCUGGGUGAUCUACAUCCUGACAGUCGGCCUUCCCGUCGGACUGGUCGUGCUCUUCUGCUGGCCCAAGAAACCAGAAGAUGACUACGUGUACAAAAAGGUGGACACGCCGAAGGCUACCGUAGAGGAGGAAGAGGAGGAGGAGGAGGAAGAGGAGGAGGCUGCAGCAGACGAGGAAGACAAAGCAGCCGAGGCUACAGACGGAGCAGCAGCUGCAGCUACAGAAGAAGCCGAGGAGGAGGACAACGAGGCAGGAGGAGACCAUCUAGAGGGGGAUGAUGAUGAGGAGGAGGAGGAGGAGGAGGAAGAAGAAGAGGAAGAGGAGGAGGAGGAGGAGGAGGAGGAGGAAGAAGGGGAGGAGGAGGAAAGCAAAGCUCCAGAGAGAACAUUAGAAGAUGAGCCGAAGGCAGGCGGAGACGUCGCUGAGGAGAGCCACAAACAGGCCGUCAGAAAGAGGAGGGUACGGAAAGACUGAGGAGGUGAAGCCCCGGCCUGCCGCCUGUGGACGGCUGAACCUCUGCCGCCGCUCCCUCCUCCCCCCCGGGCGGAGCAGCAUCGCAUCUCCUCCGAACCGAGCGGCAGCCUGCAGUCACCCCGGCUGCCCCAUCCAUCCAUCCCAGGUUCGCCGCCUCCCACACCACUUCCUGUAUCGUCUCGUUUCUCCCCCCGUCUGCUGCCAGACUCUUCCCGGGGGAGCGUUUAGCCUCCUCCUCCGUCUCCACGCUUCUCUUCAUCCUUUCCUUUCCCGUCUAUAAGCCAUCGCUGUCGAAAUGCCUGAAAAAAAGCCCCGCCGUCGGUCUUCUCUCCGAAUAUACCGUCUCGUAGAUCCACCAGUCUGGAGCGCCGGCAGCAGAGCGUCGGCCCGCCGGCGCCGCUCCAUCCUGCAGCAUAUCACUGGGGGGGGGGGCACGUCUCAGAAGUUGUCCUUGUUUUGGAAGAAGGACGCCGUUCGACAAAAAAAAAGUUCCUUUCUUGUUUGAAGUUGGUUUCAAGACCAGGAAGAGGACGCCGGGCUGUGAGCAAAAAAAAAAAAAAAGUCUGCGUGAGAUGUUUCCGCAGAAAAAGCUCGCCUCAGCUUCACGAUGACCUCUCUGGGGGCAAAAAAAUAAAAAAAAUGGAUGUUCUGUUUAGAUUUUAGGUAGUUUGUAACGAGCAUCAUUUACUUUUCUGUGUGUUUUCUACUAAGUUAUAGCGAGUCGAGGAUUAGCACUGACGGCCCUAUUUAUUGGUUUUAAUUUGUUCUACGCCGGUUCGAAAUAAAGAUUUACUACUGCAGUGUUCUGAGACAGUUUUCUUAGACGUACUUGAGCAAAGAAAAACUGACGUCGUUGAAGCUCGCAGGUGAUGUUUCAAGGAUGAGAUGUUGGUUUGUGAAGCUGAAUAUCGAAUCUGUGAAGACGCGUCUCGUCGAGUCGGCAGCGCUUCCCCAGAACGUCUCGACUGGUUCUGGGGAAGAGGCUGAUCUGUUUGUUUUUUAUUAUUAUUAUUAUUGUCUGGAGCUUUUGUAGUUCACCUUCCUGCCACAUGCUGGUGGAUUCCCUGUUUACAUUUGUUUGCAAAUUGUACAUUGCUCUUGGAAAUAAAAUUAUUUAAUACGAUUUAAA